UUUCGGGCAGUGCCACCGGUCCGAGGCCCGCCGACCCUCCCACCGCGCCGCCGGAGCCAUCAGGCAGAGCCACCGAUCCGAGGCCCACCGACCCUCCCACCGCGCGCCGCCAUGCCCUCCUCGCUGUGGCGCGUGCUCGUGCUGGCCGCGAGCGCCGCCGUCUGCUCGGCUAGCCCGACGGGCUCGGUUGGUCACACACUCCACCUGCACAUGACGCCGGCGGAGCUGCGUCACACGUUCUUCGUGUCGCGCCAUGAAGACGUGCCAGAGUACGACCUGUUCCACGUGCGCUCGGUGCGCAAACGAAGCGCAGACGGCCGCCACCGUCGCAGCGUGCAUGCGCGCGCCUUCGGCAACCGGAUCGACCUGGAUCUGGAGCCGAACCGUGAGAUCCACAACCGGAUCCGGCUGUUCUACGCGGACGCUGCCGACGGCGACGUGCGGAUCGAGCGCGUGCGCGGCGACACGGACAUGUUCGUGGGCGAGCCGUUCCAGGACGUCGGCAGCGACGCAGCGCUGCUCGUCGACCACGCGGCCGACGAGACUCUGCGCCUGAACGGCGUGGUGGCCGACAUGGUGAUCGCGCCGGCGCCGGCCCGCGUGCACGGACACUUCCCGGCGCCCAACGACGACGACAUGAUGCUAAUGGAGGGGGAGCUGGCCGACCUGCACGUGAUGAACGGCACGCGGCCGCGCGCGCGCCGCCGCCGCGCCGCCGCCGUCACGCACGGCCUGCACGUGAUCUUCCGGCGGCGCUACCAGCUGGGCGAGGCCGGCGCCGCGCCGCUCGACAUCACCAACGACCAGGCCAUGCUGGAGCCGGAGCCGGACUCGGAGGGAGCGGCGGAGUCGCACAGCCGGCGACGGCGCAACGCCAACGACCUCUACCCGGAGGUGCUAAUCAUCGUCGAUUACGACACGUACGCCGUGCACAACUACGACGCCAAGACUACCAAACGCUACCUCAUGACCUUCAUGAACGCGGUGGACCUGCGCUACAAGAAAGUAUCCUACCCAUCCAUCACCAUCAAGGUGGCCGGCAUCGUCAUCAGCAAGAGCAAGGAGGCAACACCGUACCUGGAGAGCAACCUGGUGGACGGGCAGUCGUUGGACGCUGUGUCGGCGCUAAGCUCCAUCGGCCGCUAUCUGUACAACGAGCACAGGCUGCCCAGCUAUGACGCCGCCCUGGUGAUAACCAAGCGUGAUAUGUGCUCGCGCAACGGCCACUGGGGCGGCUGCAACAAGGUGACCGCUGGCUACGCGUACGUUGGCGGUGGCUGCAGCAUCAGCAAGUACUUCCGAAAGAUCAACUCGGUGGCCCUGGUCGAGGACUCGGGCGGCUUCUCUGGAACGAUCGUGGCCACACACGAGCUGGGCCACCUGAUGGGUGCCGUGCACGACGGCUCACCGCCCGCCUCGUACGUCGGCGGGCCGGGCGCGCUCUCAUGCUCCUGGGAAGACGGCUACAUCAUGUCCGACCUGCGCCGCGACUACAAGGGCCUGCAGUGGUCCGUCUGUAGCCUGGACCAGUUCGGUCACUUCUCGAGUAGCCAGCGCUCCACCUGCAUGCGCAACUAUCCCUCCCAGCGGAGCGAGUUUUCCAGCACGGCCACCUCGCUGCCGGGGAAGCUCAUCAGCUUGGACGCGCAGUGCAAGCGAGACCGCGGCACAAGCGCCUGCUUCAAGGACCACCGCGUCUGCGCCGAGCUCUACUGCUUCGAGCCGUCCAGCGGCUACUGCGUGGCGUUCCGCCCGGCGGCCGAGGGCUCGUCCUGUGGCCAGGGUAUGCACUGCCGCAACGGCUUCUGCGAGCCCGAGUCGUACGUGUACUGAGACGGCGCGACCGUGGCGCCGCCUGGGCCGCCGGCCCGGCGUUGGGGGCGGCGCCCGCGCGCCGCCCUGUCUCCUCAGGUAUCUGAAGCGGCGCGCCGCUGCCGGCCGCAGACUAGCCCCCGCAGGCGGGCCUGCUGAGCUCUGAAGUGUGGCGUGUAGCGCUGCCGUCAACACGCUGGACGUGUGACAUGUAAACGCUGGGCGUUUGGCAGCACGUGUUGCUGCAGCAGAGUAGUUAACGGCAAUGGGUUCGCCGCUUAUAGGUUUAUAAUGGUUUAAGAUACCUCAGCCCAUCGAGUGCUAUACGCUGACGGAGUGCGUUGGACUGUUGCGUGCGUGGACAGUUGAGUGGGUGCAUAUUCAUUGUCAUGGUUGUGAUGGUUUUGCUACCAAAGGUAAAUAAUAUAUAGUGGCAAAGAACGUCACGUGUCUCUGAGUGGUCAUCAGGCAGUGAACA